AUGACACAUACAUACUUUAUUCUGGCAUCGACUGCCCUUCUUUCUCUGGCUACUGCGCAAACAACUUGCCUGAGUUCUCUAAGACCAUCAUAUUCGGCAACUGUUGCCUCUGGAUACCAAGUAGGUUUGGUGGCAACUGGCCUAGCAAGACCCCGCGGAAUUCAAUUCGACAGAGCUGGGCAUCUUCUGGUCGUGGAGGCAUCCAGAGGUGAUGAUCCUGCAAUUUCUGCCCUUACUUUAAACGAUGGCGGUGGCAUAUGUGUCGGAGAAGCAAGCAGGAGGACAGUGGUUCGUGGUCAAGGUGUAAGCGUAAUUCCAUUGAACAAGUAUGCAAUGGCUCAUUGCUGGGCACAGGUGAAUCAUGGGAUCGCCAUCUCUAAUGAUGGAACUGUUCUCUAUGCUUCUUCUAUGGAAUCUGUUUUCUCUUGGACGUAUGAUCCCGCGUCACAGUCUGCUUCAGAGCAGCGUACUUUGGUGGGAGCAAUGAGUGGUUCUGACCAUCGUACCCGAACGCUGCUCCUCUCGGAGAUGGUCAACGAUACCCUGGUCAUCAGUCGUGGCAGCGACUCGAACAUUGACCCGGUAGCCGCCGACAUUACAUCCGGACAUAGUCAACUUAGAGCUUUCAACAUCGGUAACCUGACAGACGACCAGAACUAUACUUACGCGAGUGACGGCCUUCGCCUCGGUUGGGGUCUUCGAAAUUCUGUAGGCGUCGCGGAGCACCCCAUUACAGGGGGCAUCUGGAGUGUGGAGAAUUCUGCCGAUAACCUGCGAAGAGAUGGUGCUAGCAUUCGACAGGAUAAUCCGGGCGAAGAAUUGAAUUUUCAUGGCUAUCUGAAUGGUACCGAGUACGAGCGACAAGGAGGCAACUAUGGAUAUCCACAAUGCUAUGCUGUAUGGGAAUCCGAAGCUCUACUACCAAACGCCAAUCUACCGGUUGGAGCACAGUUUGCUGCUGAUGGAGACGGUGGCAACGACACUUAUUGCGCUGCCCAAAUACCUCCUAGACUUACUUUCAUUGCUCACCAAGCGCCCCUCGACAUCAAAUUCAACAACAGUGGUACCGAGGCAUGGAUAUCUUUCCAUGGUAGCUGGAAUCGAGACGUACCGAGCGGUUAUAAGCUGGCGAUGGUUUCCUUCGAAAAUGGGGAGCCUGUUGCAGCUCCUGACAACAAGACUGCUGCGCUAGACAUAUUCGCAAACGUCGAUAAUGAUGCAUGUCCUGACAACUGUUUCAGGCCAGCCGGUCUUGCUUUCGACGCCCAAGGCAGGCUGUUCAUGACAUCCGAUGCAACCGGGGAAAUCUAUGUCAUUGCUCGAGAAUCAAUGUCAAGCCCAGCCGGCUCGGCUACAAAUCAGUCCUCGCAAACUGGCGUCGCUCAAAGAGUUGGCGCCGCAGCCUCCAGCAUGCUUGGGCUGACUGUUCUCGUUGUUUAUGGUCUGAUAUUUGCAUGA